GCUUAUCUUCACAAAAAUUUCUUCAAACCAUUCUAGUUUUCUGUUUUGGAAAAUGAGAUCUAAGCAUCAAAUUUCCACUCUUUUCCUUAUAGCCUUCUUCUUGUUCAUUUUAGGAUGUUGUGCUUCACCUAGGAAGAAUACCCGCUCUCAUCGUCCUUGUAAAGAAUUGGUGUUCUAUUUCCACGACAUUAUUUACAAUGGCAAGAACUUCAAGAAUGCAACUUCAGCCAUUGUAGGUGCUCCAGCUUGGGGAAAUCACACCAUUCUAGCAAAUAAUAACCAUUUUGGGAACGUGGUUGUAUUCGAUGAUCCUAUAACAUUGGAUAACAACUUGCACUCACCCCCUGUUGGGAGAGCACAAGGGCUUUAUAUCUAUGACAAAAAAGAAAUCUUUACAUCAUGGCUUGCAUUCUCGUUUGUGUUUAACUCGACUGCCCAUAAGGGUAGCAUUAACUUUGCAGGUGCUGAUCCAUUGAUGAACAAAACAAGAGACAUUUCGGUAAUUGGUGGAACGGGUGAUUUCUUCAUGACUAGAGGUGUGGCUACUCUCAUGACAGAUGCAUUUGAGGGGGAGGUUUACUUUAGGCUUCGUGUUGAUAUUAAGUUCUAUGAAUGCUGGUAACCAAGAACUGAAAGCUUUCUUCCAAGAUUUUGCUGACGUUAGUUUUCUAUGUUUAUGUCGUUGUUUAUUUUAAAAGGAUGUAAAUCCAUCUAUCUUUUCUUUGAAGGCAUAAGAAGAUGCCAACUUUUCAAGUCAUCAAGUGUUAUUAAAUUUAAGUACGUCGUAUUGUUUUUGGGUUUUGUCAAUUUUAUGGUAACAUGGAUAACAAAAAGUUUGUCGUUUA